AUGGAGAGUGGGGAGGAGAAGGGGAGUGGUCGGGCCCAAAAUUCAAAUUUUUUGGGUGGGAGCAUUGGUUCAGCAGCAGGACAGAAUGCAGUAGGAGAUUCAAGGAGUCAUGUAGAAGGGGAGAGUUCAAACGGUAAGGAACCCGAUGUUCCUUUGGACUCGGGUGACCCAAGUGGGGGUCCCAGAUCAUGUGAGGAGCAAAUAGCAGGAGAUCAUAACAUUGCUCGAAUGGAAAAUACUUUGAUUGGCAAAUUUUAUGGGAUGAGACUGAACAUUGAGGUCGUUUGUGGGUUUGUUAAGAGGAAAUGGAACUUGAAAGGUCAAGUGGAUGUGGUUGCUAUGAACAAAGGAUGUCUGUCCUUUUCUUUCUCUUGUGAAGAGGACCGCAAGAACAUUCUUUCUAAUGUGGGAAGAGAAAAAAAAUUUGUGGUCCAAGUUCUAGUUUGGAUAAAGUUACUUGGACUCCCAAUGGAAUAUUGGGAUGAAGAUGUGUUUGCAAGAAUAGCCAAUGCCUUUGGGGAGCUUAUCACCAUUGAUCCAGUCACGACAUCCAGAAGAAGACUUAUUUAUGCCAGAAUCUGCAUAGGAGUUGGGCCUGAAACAGAUAUGCCAGAGGAAAUAGAGAUAGAAAAGCUUGGCAAAUGGAAGCAGAAUAUUGUUUAUGAAACAAUCCCUUUUCAAUGCUUUCACUGUAAGAAAGUAGGGCACUGGGCUAAAAAAUGUCAAAGUAAUGUGGUUAAAUCUCAAUCCCAAAGAAAAGUAUGGAAAAAGGUGGACAACUCUUUGAAAGCUUCACAUUCUGAUGGUCUAGAUCAAGAAAAACAAUCUCAGGUUGGAAGGAAAGAGGAAGUGUUAGUUAGAGAGUUGGGAAAUGAAAUGAAGAAAGGAGAUAAUGAAAAUUCCACCCAUUAG